UCUACUAGUAUCAUUCAGGAAAGAAAGUUAACUUUCCUUCACUCUCAAGUGAUGUAGUGCACGUGGGUGUCGUUUUACAACCGGGGUCACAGCUCUCGUAUACAGAAUGGGACUGUUUGAGGUUAUCACUUCCUUCGCUAUCGUCGGCAAGAACUUCAAAACAAACGUCUACAAAUUGAUAGGGGUAGACGACGGAUUCGACCGAUGGAACAGAGGUUUCAUGGUUUUUAUUAGCGUUCUGUUCGGAACUGCAGUGGUUAUGCAUCACUGGAUGUACGACGUCAUCAACUGCUUGGACUUUCAGUCGCCUCCCAACGGGUACCAACCCACUGAGGCGACAUCAAACUUCCAAAGGUUUGCGGAGGAGUACUGCUGGGCGUACGGAAUGUACACAAUAAAAGAAGCUUACGAUCUGGAGAACACCGCUACACCCUUUCCAGGGAUUAUCCCCGAGGAGAUGUCCGUGUGUAUGGAGAGGGAACUGGUGGGGGGAGGUAAAAUUAUUUGUCCUAAAGCUCACGAGAUGAAACCUUUUCAACGGAUAUAUCUCAGGUGGUACCCGAUUGUUUUCUUUUACUUCUGGAUCGGGGCCAUGCUCUAUUUUUUUCCUUGGAGGAUUUACAAGUUGUUGGGAUUACGAGAUCUGAAAGACGUGGUUAUGAUGCUCCAAAACAGACCUCAGUUCGCUGACGAUCUCCCAUAUUACGUGAACCGGGCAGCAAAGUGGCUUCACAACACACUAACAGUCUACGUUGAACAGCGAGACAGUCUCCGCGGUAAAAUCCUCCGACAUUGGUACCUCAUCCUGUUAGUCGGGUUUAAAUUCGUGUAUCUUGGUAUCAGUUUAGGGUUGAUGCACUACACCAACAAGAUGUUGAUCACAAACCACAACCACGGCGCGUCCUUCAUGAACUAUGGUCCGCUUUGGUUCUCAGAUGUGACCAACAACACCGCCUCCAGGUUCACCCCAAUACAGAACAAGUUGUUCCCAAAGAUGGUGGCAUGCGAGGUGAAAAGAUGGGGUGUUAGUGGACUGGAGGAGUGGCAGGGCAUGUGUAUUUUAUCUGGAAACGUCCUCUAUCAGUGGUUGUUUCUAUUCUACUGGGGUGCUAUUGUGAUAUCCAUCUUCAUUAACUGUGUGGCUAUUCUCACCAUUCUCUGCUCCGAGAUUCGCCCUAACAUCAGCUACGCUAGGUUCCUAAACUCUACCUACGUUGAGGAUACCAAACAACUCAGGCUUAUCUACCGGAGUAUCGGCUCCUCCGGCCGCAUUAUCCUCAGAGUGAUUGGGAACAAUGUGGAACCAAUUGUUAGUGAGGAGUUGGUUAAGUACAUGGUGAGGUUUAUGAUGGAUCAAGAGGAUGAUCAAGGGGCUGGGGAGGGUGAGGUCGUGAGUCAGAGAUAUAAACAGGUGCCAUUGUUCGAACAGACUUCUAGUGAUCUCCUCGAUAAGUUAGCUUUAAAUGAAACAUAGUUUAAGGCAUUCAAGCUUGUUUCGGCAUUAUUGGUGUUGAGUCAAUAAUGCAAAAGCAUGGAGUGUGGAUCAAAUUCAUGAUGUGUUGCUGAAGCCGAAAUUUUGUUUCUAAAUUUGACAAUGUUACUUGUAAAAAUGUUACUUCAUAAAAGUAAGCCAAUGCAAUCUAGUGAGUAUGUACUCAUUUUAAAAGACAAAAUCUACUUUUGGCAUUUAUAAAACAGGUAAUCCGUGAGUCUGAGCUGACUAUUAACCCUUAAUACUAUUCCAGUGUUCCAGUGAUUCGUUAGGCUGUGUUGCAAUAGUAACUUAUCCGACUCAAAAUCAAGUGAUCCGAGACUCAAAUCGGUAGUCGGUUUGUUGGCCUAACUAGAUCUUAUCGGCCUAACUUUAACUAGGUAUAUCGAGGAAAAAAACGGACGGAUGGCCUUUAUGAGACGUUAACGGCAGUUAAGUUUUCCAUUGUGUCAAUUCUCAAUUCUGCUAACUAGAAAUUUGUGUUUAAUCUUCAAGUUCUUACAGUUACAAAUAAAUAUAUAUCAUAAUUGUAUAUAAUAGUUUAUGCUAGAAAACUAAAAUCCCCUUUCUGGGAUUGCUCUUAUUAUAGAACAUGACAAUACGGUUAUAAAAUACCGUGUG